CGAGGCACUGGCGUCGAGGCUAGGCGCCAAGUGAACGCUGACUAGAGACGCUUGCACCAACGCGUGGAUGCAAACGAACCAUGACCGGACAACCGCCGAGAAAAGCUGCCACGGAUCCCAUCGAAGAGAAUGCCAAGGACGCCGCGAAGAAGGCACAAGACAUUGCCGACGCCAUCCAAGAGAUGUCGUCGAUGUCUGUCGUGUCCCGCUCCAGGGCAACUCUCCUGCAGCUAGAAGCCAGAACCCUGCGGAAUGCUCUGGAGAAGAAGAAGUCGCACGAGACGCCCGACGACGCGAUCAGAGCCCGGCGUCUGCUGCAUGACGUCACCACGCUACGUGACGCGACUUUGGCGAAGGCCAGGGCCGCCGAAGGUGUCGCCUCCUCCAAGAGGCGCGUAACGCUGGUAGACGCACCCGCGUACGAGGAGGACAAGCAGCCGUCUGACCAACCCGACUCCUCCGAAGACAACGCCGUCGGCAUCCGAGACGAAUCGGUCAAGGACGAGGAGUGCCGCUCUCUACUACGCCGCGCCAGCGUGUACCCGCCAGACACCGGUUCGGCCGUGAUGACGCCGGACGCCGACAUCAUGGCUAUCGUCGCGAAGAAAAUAGAAGAGAAAACCAGCAGCGCUGGCUCGACACCUCACCGGAGCCCCAUGCUGUCCAGGGAAGCCAUCGGCCGUCGAGCCAAGGCCACAGUGCUCGCCGCGAUAGGUAAAAGGUGCAGUCCCGCGUCGUCUAAGGCGUCCCGGGACUCGACCACGGGCCGACGACCCACGGAAACGGGACAACUUAAGCGGAGCCCCGCGACUUCGGAGACCUCCCGAGGCUGGGUUUCGCCGAUUGCUAGCCCCACGUCGUCCGGGAGGCCGAGUCCGACGCCGUCGAAGAAUAGCGCGGUCGCGACGUGGUCGUCACGCCCAGGUCGAAGCAGCCCGACGCCGUCGUCCAAGCGUGAAAGUCCCGUGGCGUCCAGGCAGCCCAGCCCGGUGACGUCGCAGCUCCAGAUCGAGACGGUGCCGCAACAGCGCGUCAAGGCGCUUCAUGCAGGGAUGUCGCCGACGCCGCCACCAUCGCCGAUGCACCCUGCCAUGCCGACGACUACGCGGAAAGCGCGCGCUACUCGUCAAGUCAGGAUAACGCCUUCGAUGGUACGGGAGAAAGACGAGCUCGACAACGUUAUCAAGAACCUAAUGAAGACCGCGGAGACAGAAGUGAGAGAAGAGAGCCCUGCCCAGCCAGUUCUCACGGAUGCCCUCGUGGCUACCAUUCUCGCAUCCGAAACAAGGUCAGCGGAAAGCGAGAAUAUUUACACCUCACUUCGCAGGAGCGCCCGAAAAGAUCCAGCCAAGUUCAUCGUGAGGACAUGCUGUUCACUCCUCCUCCUGGGCUUGGCUGUGGUGUUCGUCGUCCUGACUAUCAUAUACGGAAAUCGCGCACUGAUGAACUACGGCGCCGGUGUGGUUCCACACAAGCUACAGGCGCACAAUCAGAACGGCACGCCAGUCGACGCUCCGCAUGCCCCCGGAAACCUUCGAAGCGACGGCGUCGACCCCGUCUCGCCCGCUUCUCUGCAGGAUCUCUCCAGCGUCGGUGUGCCCGGAACCGGGAAUGUGACCGCCGAGGCACCGUACUACAAUGACGAAAUACUGGACAUAUCGUGA